AUUUCAAUUCACUUUUUCAAUUUUUUUUGUCACACACAUAUUCUAUUCCCGUUUUUUCUAUUUGAAAAAUAAUGGUUGUUGAUAUUGGACCUUCGAAUAUUGAGACGGCGUUUGUGCUGGAAGCGCUGCGCAAGAACGUGCGCGUGGACGGACGCGGUAUCUAUGACUACCGCACGCUGCGUAUCAGCUGCGGGCCCACCCCGGGUCUAGCCGAAGUCCAGCUAGGACAAACCCGGGUACUCGCCCGAGUCUCCUGCGAAGUCACCCGGCCCUCCCCCGACCGGCCAACCGAAGGUCUAGUUCAAUUCAGCUCUGAGCUCUCCAACCUCGCUGCGCCCAACCUCGACGCCUCCUCAGGCGGCCGGGUUUCUGCCCAAGAAGUGGCGAUCUCCCGUAUGGUCGAGCGCGUAAUUCGGCAGAGCCGGGCGAUCGACACAGAAGCUCUGUGUAUUUUGGCAGGCGUUAAAGUGUGGACGGUGCGGGUUGAUUUGCAUUUCCUCGACCAUGGCGGUAAUCUGAUGGAUGCGGCGGCGGCUGCUGCUAUUGUUGCCUUGAGGCAUUUCCGUCGCCCGGAUGUCACUGUGCAGGGCGAGGAGGCGAUUAUUCAUGAUCCUAGGGAGCGCAACCCGGUGCCGCUGAGUAUUCAUCAUACGCCGGUGUGCGUUAGCUUUGCGUUUUUGGGAGCGCUCGGGGAGCUGGCAGUGCUAGAUCCAUCGCUUUUGGAGGAGCAGGCACAGGCAGCGAGCUUCACAGUGACGCUGAAUGCGCAUAAGGAAAUUUGCGCGCUUAAUAAGGCCGGAGGCGUGCCGCUUUCGCCUGAGCAGAUCCAGAGGUGCACCCAAGUGGCGCUGACAAAGGCCGAUGAAAUCAGCGACGCCAUCAAUGCUGCGUUGAAAGGCAGCAGCAGCAACAAGUAAUACAGCAUGAAUUUUUUUUGGCGUUGGUUUAGAUUUGAUUUGAUUUGAUUUGAUU